UAUUGGGUUUGGUUUUCCCCAAUGAAGAUCUCUCAUGUGUGCCUCUUCUUGUCCUUGUUGCUCUUUGGAGCCAGCAGCUUCUGCUAUGCUGAGGAUCAUAAGACAGUUGAGGUAGUUGGGUUUGGAGAAUGUACUGACUGUGCUGAGAAGAGCAUUAAGACCAGUCAUGCCUUUUCAGGUCUUGGUGUUACGAUCGACUGCAAGACCGAAAGCGGCAACUUCGAGAGGAGAGGAGCUGGGGUGAUCAAUGAGGAGGGUAAGUUUUCGGUGUCGAUUCCGAAAGAGAUUGUGAAAGAUGGAGGAGAUGGAUUGAAGGAGGAGUGCUAUGCACAGCUCCACAAUGCAAAGGCCACACCAUGUGGUGCUCAUGAUGGACUUGAAUCCACUAAAGUGGUGUUUAUGUCUAAAACCAGUGACGGGAAACAGACCUUUGGGAUUGCCGGUACUAAACUGAAGUUUUCACCAGCUACAUGCCCUUCUGCUUUCUUUUGGCCUUCCUAUAAACACCCACCACAUCCAUUCUUCAAACACCCAAAAAUAUUCCCUCCUCUCCCUCCAAAAGUAUACCCUCCAUUCCCGCCUAAGAUCACUAUUCCUCCAAUCUAUAAGAAGCCCUGCCCUCCCAAGAGCCCUAUUUACGUAAAGCCUCUCCCUCCCCCAGUCCCAGUUUACGUAAAGCCUAACCCUCCACCAGUCCCAGUCUACGUUAAGCCUAACCCUCCAUCAGUCCCAGUCUACAAGAAGCCACUCCCUCCACCAGUCCCUAUUUACAAGAAGCCACACCCUCCAUCAGUUCCGACCAAGAAACCAUGCCCUCCACCAUACAAGAAACCAGAGAAGCCAAACCCUCCACCAGUUCCUGUCAAGAAACCAUGCACUCCACCAUACAAGAAACCAGAGAAACCACAGCCUCCACCAGUGCCAGUUUACAAGCCCCAUCCCCCAAAAGCACCCAAGAAAGUUUACCCUCCACCAGUCCCGGUCAAGAAGCCAUAUCAUCCACCAGUCCCAGUGUACACCAAGCCGCUUCCGCCUCCCGUUCCAGUGUACACAAAACCGCUUCCACCACCGGUCCCAGUGUACACGAAACCGCUCCCACCUCCGAUCCCAUUCUACAAGCCAAAACCACACCCAUGGUUCAAGCCAAAGCCACACCCAUGGUUCAAGCACCCUUACUUGAAGCCUCUGCCUCCAUUCCCCAAGAUCCCUCACCAUCCUUUCUUUAAGAAACCACCACCAUACUUCAAGCCAAAACCGCACUCAUACUUGAAGCCUCUGCCUGGAUCCACCAAGAUCCCGAUAUUCCCAAGGUUCCCCCCUACUGUGCGCCUCCCUCCAAGAUUUAAACCACCAUCCAUGGGUUAAUUUGAUUUGCCCUAGACCGGCGCCCUUCAAUUAUUUAUUUGCAUGUAACUAGCU